CGCGCGGCGCGGCCCGUAGCGACGCGAAUAGCGGCGCACCGCAAAUCCCCCUGCGGCGGAGGGCGGUGCGGCUGCGGGUUGCAGGGGGGCGAAAGGGGAACGUAGGCCUCGGGCAACGCGCGAGGAGCUCCUGAGGGCGCGGAGCUGUCCGCGUUUCCUCCCCCGGUACAGCGGCGUCACGCGGUGCCCUUUGCCCGCGCCGCCGAUUUAGGUCGCCCAUCCGAGCGCCAGCCGGGGAUGGUCCUGCUUAGCUUCCCGCACGCCCCUCGCAGAGCCGGCGGCCCCGGCCAAAGACACCGCGUAGGUCGCCCAUCCCAGCCGCAGCCGGGCGCGACCCUGCUUAGCUUCCCGCGCGCGGCUCGCGCAGCCGGUGACCUCGCUCUCCCUCAAAAUGGCGGCGGGCGCCGGAAGCGGAAGCGCGGCGGGGCGGCACGCGGCGCGGGGCGGCAUGGCGCGGGGCGGGCGGCUGCGGGCCGGGGCCGCCGCCAAGCUGCGGCGCUGGCGGAAGGGGCACAGCAGCGACUGCAAUCCCGAGACCCGCCGGCACCGCCUGGCCGCCAGGAGCCGCUUCUGCAGCCGGCCCGCCGAGAAGAGCACCCUGACGGUGGACGCGGUGAAGCUGCACGAUGAGCUGCAGUCGGGGUCCCUGCGCUCGGGGCGGCCGGAGGGCAGCGCGGUGCCGCUGCCCGUGGAGGAGGAGGAGGACGGCGAGGCCGCCACGGAGAGGUCCUCGGGCACCUUCCUGAGCGGGCUGAGCGACUGCACCAACGUCACCUUCAGCAAGGUGCAGCGCUUCUGGGAGUCCAGCUCCGCCGCUCACAAGGAGAUCUGUGCGGUGCUGGCGGCCGUGACGGAGGUGAUCCGCUCGCGGGGGGGAAAGGAGACGGAGACGGAGUACUUUGCUGCGCUGAUGACCACGUUGGAGGCAGUGGACACCCCGGAGUCGCUGGCUGCUGUGGCCUACCUGCUCAACCUCGUCCUGAAGCGGGUCCCGAGCCCGGUGCUCAUAAAGAAGUUUUCGGACACCUCCAAAGCCUUCGUGGGCAUCGUGUCCUCGCAGGCCUGCAGCGGCUCCACCUCUGCCCUGCGAUGGGUCCUGUCCUGCCUGGCCACGCUGCUGCGCAAGCAGGACUUGGCAGCCUGGAGCUACCCUGUCACCCUCCAGGUCUAUCACGGCUUGCUGAGCUUUUGCGUUCACACCAAGCCCAAGGUUCGGAAAGCGGCUCAGUACGGCGUGUGCUCUGUCCUGAGAGGCAGCGAGUUCAUGUUUGGAGAUGCAGCCCCUGAGCAUCACCCUGCGGCACCCUCCACUGCUAAGUUCUGCGUGCAAGAGAUUGAAAAAGCCGGAGGUGCCAAGGAGGCCACCACCACCCUGCACGUCCUGACCCUGCUGCGGGACUUGCUGCCCUGCUUCCCUGCGGCCGCGGUGAAGACCUGCUGCGAGACCCUGCUCAGAGUCAUGACCCUCAGCCACGUGCUGGUGACCGCGUGCGCCAUGCAGGCCUUCUACAGCCUCUUCAGCGCCCAGCCCAGCACCUCCUGCCUGCCGGCCGAGCUCAACGCCCAGAUCAUCACCGCGCUGUACGACUACGUGCCCAGCGCCAGCGACCUGCAGCCGCUGCUCACCUGGCUGUCCACCAUGGAGAGGGCGCACGUCAACCUGGGCAGGCUGCAGAAGGACCUGUGCUGGGCUCACCUGCCCCGUCUCUUCUCGGCGGCCAUGAAUUGCUUCCUGUCCCCGCACUCUCAGGUGGUGUCAGCUGCAGCACAGACCCUCGAGAACCUCCUGACCGAGUGCGUGGCUCCCCACAUGGACGAGCUGGGCACCGUCACUGCGUCUGCCCCAGCCCCUGCCUCCUACCUCUGCAAGAUGUUCAGGUCGGUGGAGGACGGCCUGACGUAUCGUUUUCACGCGGCGUGGGACGAGGUGCUGCAGGUGCUGGAGAUUUUCUUCGAGUCGUGCGGGAAGCAGUGCCACCCCAUCAUGAGGAAGUGCCUCCAGUCGCUGUGUGACCUGCGUCUCUCCCCGCACUUCCCCUACACGGCUGAGGUGGACCAGGCGGUGGGGGCCGCCGUGGGUGCCAUGGGCCCCGAGGUGCUGCUGGAAGCCGUGCCCCUGCAGAUCGACGGCAAGGAGGAGAAUCUGGAUUUCCCCCGCAGCUGGCUGCUGCCCGUGCUGCGGGACUACGUGCAGGGCGCGCGGCUCGGCUUCUUCACCAGCUACUUCCUGCCCUUAGCAGCCACCCUGAAGAGCAGAGCCCUGGAAUUUUCCCAGGCUGGGAAGAGCCUGGAGUCCAAGAUCUACGACACGCUGCAGUGGCAGGUCUGGAGCCUGCUGCCCGGCUUCUGCACCCACCCCACGGACGUGGUGGGGGCCUUCAAGGGGCUGGCCCGCACCCUGGGCAUGGCCAUCAGCGAGCGCCCGGACCUCCGCCCCACCGUGUGCCAGGCCCUGCGCACCCUCAUCCACCGGGGCUGCGAGACAGAUGCGGAGCGAGCAGAAGUGGGUCGCUUUGCCAAAAACUUCCUGCCCAUCCUGUUCAACGUGUACAGCCAGCCCGAGGAGGACGGCAGCAGCAGUACUCAGCGCCGCUCCGUGCUGGACACCGUGCGUGCUUACCUGACCAUCACCGACCCGCAGAUGGUGUGCGGGUUCCUGCAGAAAGCCAGCGAGAAGCUGACCAGUCCUGAGAGCUCAGAGUUUGCCAGGCUCUCCCUCCUGGAUCUGGUGGUGGCAAUGGCACCCUACGCUGACGAGCAGUCGCUGGGCUCCCUGUACAGCACCAUCCAGCCUUCCCUCCAGAGCAAGGAGCGCAGCAUGCAGAAGAAGGCGUACAGGGUGCUGGAGGAGGUGUGUGCCGCUCCCCAUGCCCCCUGCCAGGCCUUCGUCCGCUCGCACCUGGAGGAGCUGCAGGCAGCGCUGCUGGACUCGCUCAAGAGCGCAGCAUCCCCGGCCAAGAGGCCCCGGCUGAAGUGCCUGUUCCACAUCGUGAAGCAGCUCUCGGCUGAGCACGAGCCCUUCGUCACCGCCCUGGUCCCAGAGGUCAUCCUGUGCACCAAGGAGGUGUCGGCGGGGGCCCGCAAGAACGCCUUCGUGCUGCUGGUGGAGAUGGGGAACGCCUUCAUCCGCUUCGGGCCCACUCCCCAAGAGGCCAUGGAGCGGUUCCUGCUCCUGGUGUACGCAGGGCUCACGGGCUCGGUCACCAUGAUCAGCUGCACCGUGCUGGCGCUCACCCGCCUCUUCUUCGAGUUUAAAGGUGAGCGGGGACGGGGUGCGGGGCGCGGCGGGGCCGGGCAGCGGGCCGGGCACAGGCUGAGCCCUGCUGCGGUCGCAGAUCACAUGGGGCUGAGCGUGGUGGAGCAGCUCCUGCAGAACGUCUGCCUGCUGCUGGGCUCCCGCACGCGCGACGUGGUGAAGGCUGCCCUGGGCUUCCUCAAGGUCGUGCUGCUGCUGGUCGACACCAAGCUGCUGGCCAAGCACGUCCAGACCAUGCUGGAGGCUGUGGGGGGCCUCUCGGAUGACAUGAGGCGCCACUUCCGCAUGAAGCUGCGAAACCUCUUCACCAAGUUCAUCCGCAAGUUCGGCUUCGAGCUGGUGCAGGGGCUGCUGCCAGCCGAGUACCACAAGGUGCUGGUGAACAUCCGCAAGGCUGAAGCCCGCAGCCGCAAGCAGCGCGCCCUGAGGCAGGCGGCUGCAGAGACGGAGGAGGAGGAGGAGGCACCUGCCCAGCCCAGAGGAGACAGCAUGGAGGAGAUCCUGGCAGACUCAGAGGACUCGGAGGAGGAAGAGGAGGAACGGCAGCGAGGCAAGGCGCGGAAGAAGCAAGCACGGCAGAAGGGGCAGGCAUGGCUGAAAGAAGGGGAAGAGGAUGAGCCCCUCAACUUCCUGGACCCCAAUGUGUCCCAGCGGGUGCUGGCCACCGAGCCAGCCCCCAAGAGAUCCAGAAAAGUGAGCCACGACUUCCAGGUGUCUGAGGACGGGCGCCUGAUCAUCCAUGAUGAGGAGGAGGAGAUGGAGGAUGAUGGAGCGAAAGGUGCGGACAAAGAGGUGGCGGACGUGCUGCAAGAAGUGGGCCUUCGCACUAAGAAGAGCCAGAAGCGUCGGUUCAGAGAGGAGGCAGACGAUGAGGAACCAGAGGCCGGGAGCUACCCUCAGUACAGAGCUGGAGGCUCUGGGAUCCACCGGCAGCUAGGCAAGGAGCCAGCCUUCGGUGCAGAGUACAGAUCCAAGAAAGGCAAAGGCGACGUGAAGAAGAAGGGCCAGCUCGACCCCUAUGCCUACAUCCCCCUGAACAGGGCCAGGCUCAACAAAAGGAAGCAGGCGAAAAUGCAGGGCCAGUUCAAGGGCCUGGUGAAGGGCGCCCAGCGCGGGGCCAAGGCCGGCCGCAAGAGCCGCCUGAAGAACCGGCGCCCCUGAGGAGCCUCGGAGGCUCUGCCUGCACCUGCCAAGGCCUGAUAACACCCUGCGACAUAGAGGAGCUGUGGGACAGGGACUUUGUGAGUGGAGACUCCUUGGGAAGCCACCUCUAUGGACUCAUGGCCUGAGCCCUGCCCUGGAGGAAGCUGCUGGGUUGCCUGGUGCAGGUGUGUGUGUGUGCGUGCAUGUGUGAGAGCGAGUAAUGUAAUGAACUCCCUGUACUGAUAAACACCCCUUGUUCACACUCA